AUGCCCAUUCUUUUCAUCGACUGUUACGAUUCGUUUACGUAUAAUCUGGUCCAUCUUAUAGAGGACACUACGAAAACAAAGGUCUCUGUGAUCCAUAAUGACUCUUUGAGUAAGGACCAGCUCCUAGAACUUCUCCCGUUUGCAGACGCAGUGGUGGUUGGUCCCGGUCCGGGGCAUCCUGCAGUCGAUACUGAUUCUGGAGUGAUCCGCUACCUUUGGGAUUUACCCCAUGAACUGCAGCUGCCUAUUUUUGGUGUGUGUUUUGGUUUGCAGUCUCUUUGCCUGGCAUUCGGCGGCGAAAUCAAACGGCUAGAUCAGCCGCAGCACGGCCAGUACGGCGAAAUCACGCAUACGGGCAAUAACCUCUUUGCAGGAAUCCCUCAGCAGUACAAGGUUAUUCGAUAUCAUUCACUACAUGCGGUGAUUGAAAAUGCACCCCAGCUGGUACCUCUCGCUCAUUGCAAUGACGUUCUGAUGGGUGUAUGUCACACUGACCUGCCAUACUACGCGGUACAGUUCCACCCUGAGAGCGUCUUAUCCGAAUUUGGUGCUCAGUUGAUUGAGAACUUCUGGAAAUGUGCCAAAGAGUACAACCAGUCUCGCGGCAGAGCCGUCCUACCUGAUGCUGGCAAGCUUAGUUACUCGUCGUUGCAUACAACCCCACUGCUAUCGGUGAAGCCCGAGAGCAAGGCUACCCUGCCCGAGAUCACGAGUCUCGAGCGGAUUGACCCGAUGCUAAUUUGUAACAGUUUGAAGGCAAAAAAUACGGAGUUUGUACUACUCAAGUCUGCCUCAUAUCCCGGCAAGUGGUCUAUUAUCGGUGUUCUAGAUAAAAACACUACACAUCUUCGUUGCAAAAACGACAAAACUCGCAUAGGUCCUCUGCAUGGUGAUUUCAUUGAGCAUGAAGGUGACUUUUGGGCGCACGUCGCUCAGCACAUGGGGCCAAGAAUUGUGGAGCCCCCGCAAACUAGCGACAUUCCUUUUUGGGGUGGCUUAGUGGGCUACGUCACAUACGAAAAGGCCUGCAACGUGUCAUGUGACCCAGAUUUGGAGCAGCCGAGCAGCGAUGCCUCGUUCGUUUUUGUGGAAAACUGUAUACUCGUGGGCGAGAAGGCCACAGUGGUUAUUUCCCCGGACAGCAAGUGGCAUGAAUCUACAAAAACAUUCUUAUGUGACAUAAAGAGCUCUCCUGAAACUUUUUCGAGCUCUGAUCUACCAGUGGCGCACGUUUCCCGCCCAGACAAGAGCAGUUACAUUGACAAAAUCGAGCGAUGCUUCGAGUACCUGCGCUCGGGUGAUUCCUAUGAGCUUUGUUUGACUGCACAAACAAAGGCAGUGUUUGAAAAGCCUGUUGAUUCUUGGGAUUUGUUCCGCCACGUGCUUGGUAUCAAUCCGGCACCGUACAUGUCCUAUAUGGACUUCGAUGAUAGGCUGGUGGGGGCAUCACCAGAGCGAUUUAUGUCCUGGGAUUCUAAAGGCACAUGCCAGUUCCGUCCUAUCAAAGGUACAGUCAAGAAGGCACCGGGAAUCACUCGAGCUGAUGCCGAAGCGAUCUUGGGAAGCAACAAAGAGCGGGCCGAGAACCUCAUGAUCGUCGAUCUAAUCCGACACGAUCUGGGGUUGCUGCUGGAUACGGUUGAGAGUCCUCUGCUGAUGAGCGUAGAGGAGUACAAAACAGUAUACCAGCUUGUAAGUGUUAUUGAAGGACCUUUAAACGAAACGCCCUUCAGUGGCUUGGAUGUCCUCGUUCACUCUCUGCCGCCUGGUUCCAUGACCGGCGCUCCCAAACUUCGGUCGGUUGAGAUUUUGAGACAGCUUGAAACUGAGCCAAGAGGCUUGUACUCGGGCGUUGCCGGUUAUUGGUCAAUUACUGAUCAAGGCGACUGGAGUGUGACCAUUCGAUCAGCGUUUCAAUACAAAGAUUAUGACAAUUGCACCUGGCGCCUUGGUGCCGGUGGUGCUAUUACUAUUCUAAGUGAUGUUGACGAUGAGUUUGCCGAAAUGGAUACAAAGCUAGAUAGCACCUUGCGUGCGUUCCAGAUUUAA